UGCGUGUGUGUGUGUGUGUGUGUGUGUGUGUGUGUGUGUGUAACUGGGCCUAUAUAAGAUGACAGAGGAUGGGACUAGAGUGUGGAUAUCAAGAGGAGAUCAACUGGAGGUGAAGAUUAAGACUGGACUAGUCUGCCGUACUACACUAUACAUCUCUGGAUAUUUUUAAGUGAAUUCAGCGAGAGCAAUGUGGAAACCAAAAGAUACUCUUAAGACUGUGCGUCUGUCUCAAUCCAUCAAUGAUGAGGAGAGAACAUACGUGACGAUGAGGAAGAAACUGAUUAAGAAGUGGCUGAAAGAUCAAGAUAUCGACUGUAAACUAGAGGAUGUUCCUAACAUAGCGUUGCUGGGGUCAGGUGGUGGAGAGAGGGCAGCAGUGGGCAUGCUGGGAUCGCUGUGUCAGCUGGCACAGGACGACCUGCUGGGCAGCCUCCUCUACAUGUGUGGGGUGUCGGGCAGCACCUGGUGCAUGUCAUCCCUGUACAGCAAUCCAGCUGAGUCAUUGAGUAAGAGUUGUGAUGAAAUAAUAAAGAAGCUGAAGGGUCCUACGGUGGACUUGAGCAAGGCUGUGGAGUGGCUGAAAUUGAGGAAAGAACAAAACCAGGACUUCAACCUCACUGACUUCUGGGGCGCAUUCACUGCCUCCUAUUUCAUGAAAGAGAUGAACACUUGCUGUCUUUCUGAAGAUGCUCACAGGAAAUUCAUCAAACCAUACCCCAUCUACAGUGCCAUAGAACUGGACUGCCACAGACAGGGUUACACUAAAGGGGUAUGGUUUGAGAUGACCCCCCACGAGAGCGGCUUCUCCGGAUUGGGCGCUUUCGUCCCCACUUCCUGUCUCGGGAGCCAGUUUGAAGGCGGGACUCUGAGAGAGAAGAGGAAGGAAAUGGACAUGGUUCUGCUGCAAGGUAUCUGUGGGAGUGCCAUUGCAGACGGGCAGAUGAACAGUGCUGAGGUAGUAAAAAAGAUCUGGGGCUUAUUUGGAGGUGGCAAGAACGUUUCAAACUCAGGUGGCAAGAACGUUUCAAACUCAGGUGGCAAGAACGUUUCAAACUCAGGGGAGGACGACAUGAGGUUGGAGUUUGUGAGUAGAGGGGAGGUGAAGGUGUGUAACUGUCUGCCCUCCCAAGUGGGGAGGUGUGUGUCUGAGCUGAUAGAGUACGCUGAGGACCCAGAUGCACUGAAGACAUGGGAAGUCAUCACCACACUGGAACAGCUACUGAAAGGUCAUGUGAGCAGUAAGGGCGAGAUGCUGUGGAACAUGGACGCUGAGAGGUGGCAGAGAAACAGCCUGAUGGAGAGAAAGGAGUUCAUAGAGAAAGUCAGUCUGGAGCUCAUCCUCACCUCAGACAGCUGGACAAAAGACUGGGAGGACCAAAGCUGCACCUGCAACGCUAAAAGGAUGGAGGUAACGAUGGGAAUGACAACCAGGUCAGCCAUGUCAUCCAGCGAGAGAAUAACAAACCCCUGGGUCCCCGAUAAGUUGUGGAUUGCACAAAACAUUUUCCCUCUGGUCAUAAAAUGGGAAUGGGGAACCGUGUCCAACUUCCUCUUCAAGAUCCAAGAUACUAACGUUCCGAGCAGCAUAGCGUCCAAAGAGAAGAUUCACCUGGUAGACGCUGGGUUAAAGAUCAACUCUCCCUAUCCCCCCAUCCUGCGCACAUCGAGGAAAGUCGACCUCAUCAUCUCCUUGGACUUCAGUGCGGGAGACCCCUUUGAGACGGUGCGUAGUGCCAAAACGUACGCGCUUCUGCAGAAGGUCCCCUUUCCCCCAGUGAAGCAGAGUGUGUGGGAGGAGAAAGACCAUCCUGAGGACUGCUACGUUUUCGAGGGGCAAAGCCCUGAAGUGCCCACCAUCAUGCACAUGCCCCUGUUCAACCUGCAGAACUGCCAAGACGAGGAGGAGAUUAAGAAGGAGAGGGAGAAGUACACAACGUUCCACCAGCACUACGAUGCGUCUGAGAUCCAACACAUCAUGGAGAAGGCCAAGGACAACUUGAAGAACAACAAAACAGGAUCCUGGAACAGAUUGUUAUGGCUGUCAAACGCAGAAAGAAUCGCAUCCCAUGGUAUAAGACGCGAAAGACCCUCCAGCCCAUGGUAUAAGACGCGAAAGACCCUCCAGCCCAUGGUAUAA